UUUGCAAAGAUGUUGUCUGGCACUGAAGCAUUCUGCAUGUACUUGAGGCUUCUUGGUGCAAAGAUUGGCAGGCAUUGCUCUAUCCGGUCCAUUGAUCCAGUGGCAAAUCCUGAACUGAUCAACAUCGGUGAUGGGGUCCAUCUAGGUGAUUUCUGCCACAUUGUUCCAGGGUUCUACUCCAGUAAGGGGUUUACUGGUGCAGAGAUAAAGGUCCAGGAGAACACCAUCAUUGGUAGUGGCAGCUUGCUCCUCCCUGGCUCAGUCCUCCAAGGGAAUGUUAUCCUUGGAGCACUUUCUGUGGCACCGGAACAUUCUCUUCUCCAGCGAGGCGGCAUCUACGUUGGGGCACAGUCUCUGACCAUGGUGAAGAACACCUUGCUUGCAGAAGAUGAGAGGAUUGAAAUGAUGGACCCAAUGUACAAGAAGAUUGUUGGGAACCUCUCGGCGAACUUGGCAAUCACCACCAUGAACGUCAAGUCAAGGUACUUCCACCGCAUUGGCGUAAGCGGGCGGGGGGUCCUGAAGAUGUACGAGGACAUUCCAUCUCUGCCCAAGCACAAGAUAUUUGGCGCCGGCAAGUCUUUCCCAGUAAUCGUCCGACACAGUAAUAGCCUCAGUGCAGAUGAUGAUGCCAGGCUCGACGCGCGUGGUGCAGCAGUGCGCAUUCUCUCCGACGAUGGCGAGGUGCCUCUUCUGGACCUUACUUUGAAGAGUGGCAAAGCAUUUUAUGCGCGCACGAUCGCCGACUUCGCCACUUGGCUGGUCUGUGGCCUGCCAGCGAGGGAGGAGCAUGUCAAGCGUGCUCCGCACGUCCGGGAUGCUGUCUGGGGCUCCCUGCGGGACACCAACUCUUACACCGAGCUGCAUUACUACUCCAACAUAUGCCGGCUGCUGCGGUUCGAUGAAGGGAAGGAGAUGUAUGCAAAAUUCAAGCUUCGUCCAGUUGAUCAAGACAUACCGGAGGAGUCCGGUCAGGUGGUGCCAAGGGGUAUCUUGCCGCCAGAGACCGGUGCAAUCCCAAGAGAUGAGAGUGACACACGCCCUUUACUCUUCCUCGCCGACGACUUCCGUCGGAGGGUGGAAGUUCCAGACGGGGUGCGCUACGUCUUCCAACUGCAGCUCAGGGAGGUGCCCUCUGACGACGCCACCUGUGACGUCGCCCUUGACUGCACGCGGCCAUGGGACGAGGAGGAGUUCCCGUACAUUGACAUCGGAGAGAUAAGCAUCGACAACAACCUCCCAGCAGAAGAGACGGAGAAGCUCGAGUUCAACCCUUUCCUCCGGUGCCAAGCGGUGGACGUCAUCCCGGCGUCGUCCUGCAAGCAGAGCGCGUCCAUCGACCACGGGCGCUCGCUGAUUUACGAGAUAUGCCAACGCCUGCGGAACGGCGAGCCACUGCCCGCGUCAUGGGCGGCGUUCCUGGAGCAGUCCGACACCAAGAUCAACCUGUCGGGGUGCCCAGUGGCCGCCGUCAUGCACACAAGGUCCGACACUGCCGAUGCCAGCGAGACCAAGGUGACCCUGGCUAGGACAUGGCACAAGGCGCUCUGGGCCACGCUGUGCCAGCCGCUGCUGCAAACGCUGGUGCCAUACUUCGUCCUGGGCCUGGUCAUCUUCCUCCCAUUCCGGGGCCUCCUUGCCGUCACCGGGGCCACCGGCAUGCCGCUGUACUGGCUGCUGCCGGUCUUCUGGGCGGUGUCGGGCUUGGCCUCCAUGGCGACAUGCGCCGCGGCAAAGUGGGCCCUGGUCGGCGUCAGGGGCGAAGGCGACGCGGUGCACAUCUGGGCGCCGCAGGUGUUCCUGGACACGGUCUGGCAGGCCAUACGGACGGCGACGGCGGAGUACUUCGCGGAGCUGACGUGCGGGUCGGUGCUGUUCGCGGCGUGGAUGCGAACGAUGGGGUCGUCGGUGGCCGUGGCCGACGGGGUGUACGUGGACUCGAUGGGCGCGCUGCUGAACCCGGAGAUGGUGCACCUGGAGCGGGGCGCGAGCGUGGGCCACGACGCGCUGCUGUUCGGGCACGUGUACGAGGGCGAGGCCGGGAAGGUGAAGUUCGGCAAGGUCCACGUCGGGGAAGACGGGUUCGUCGGCAGCCGGGCGGUGGCGAUGCCGGGCGUGAAGGUGGAGGACGGCGGCUACCUGGGAGCCCUGUGCCUGGCCAUGAAGGAGGAGAUCGUCAGGCACAAGCUAUAGUCCGUAGGCGCGAGAAGCAUGUGUGGGUUACUUGCUGCUUUUGGUUUCAGCUAGCUGCCGCUCUCUCGGUGUGCCGCCUAUGGAUGUAUACGUACUACGUAGGAUCUUAUAGCAGUGAUAAAGAUCAACAGCGACAGGUGGCUGCUAGAAGAAGAAAUAAAUCGACUGUAGUACGUAGUAUGGAAAUGAAAUAAUAAGUUCAUCACCACCACUAUCGUGGUCGC